AUGGGCGAGACCUCCAUCAGCGUCGUCGCUCGCUUCCGCCCCGCGCGGCCUGGCGCCUCGGUUGACGGCGACGUUCGCUUUGGGGACGAUGGGCUGUCCGUGGAGACGGCGGCGAGCAGCCACACCUUUGACGGCGUGCUACCGCCGCACGCGUCGCAAGAGGAGACGUACGCGCAGGUCUCUCCCAUCGUGGAGGCGGUGCUGCAGGGGUACAACGGCACGGUGCUCGCGUAUGGGCAGACCGGCUCUGGCAAGACGCACAGCGUGACUGGCACUGCGCGAGACCCCGGCAUCCUGCAACGCGCGGUGCGGCACAUAUUUGAGUGGAUCCGGUCCGACGCGGGCGCCGCGACGCACCGGCUCACCUGCUCCUACCUCGAGAUCUACAAGGAGAAUGUGCGCGACCUGCUCGAGCCGUCGGACGCUUCCCUCUCUGUGAGGGAAUCGGGCAAGCGCGGCGUCUUCGUGGAC